UGAUGCGAGACGCCUUCUUCCAGAUAAAUUGUACAAAGUUAUAAAAUGGCGAUCCGAAAACUACUGCAGUACGAUCGUAAUGUGUUGCGGCGUUCAUUUUCAACCGACCAUCGUCAUUGUCGAAGCAAAAAUGAAACGAAAUUGAGUUCGUACGAUUCCUACCCCGACUCGAUGCUUCAUCCGAUGGUGAAAGGCACUGGGGGCUCAUUCAAGUGGGAUAUUACCGAGCCGGCCAAACUAACCCUAUACAAACUGAAAGACUUUAUUGACGAGUUCACCGGUGGAGUUGCAGUCAGAGAAUCUCAACAAAAGGUAAACGAAUUGCAAAACAAAGUUAGUGGGCUGCUGGAUAAACGCAGCAAGACCGAGCUGAAGCUUUUUGAAGUUAAAAAGAAGGUGACUGAUGUGAAUGCUGCCCAGCAAUCUGUUUCGCGGGACGAUAUCAAUUAUUUUGACCUCAUCCGCGAGGAAUUUCUGCUUAAAUCAGAAAAACAGAACAUUGAAAACCUGUUGGAAGUGCUCAGCCAUGAACAUCAGGUUUUGUUGCUCCAAUUAACACAUGCUCUCAGUGACGUUCAUGCAAAGGAACGGCAAGAAGUUAACAACAUGAGAGUCAUUAAAUUGUUUCUAACGAUCGUGCUGGGCAUCGCCGGCUUCGCAGGUAAUGCCGGCUACAACCAUUACAAGGAUAGGAAGGUCCAGCAGCAGCUAGAGGUAUUAGUUAAGUAUGUGGAGGGUGAAAAAGCACGACAGGGAAAAACAGGCGAAUCAUGGGGCAGUUAUUUGUACCGACAGCCGGGCCGAUUUUAUCGAUACAUGUUUACGAAGCAACGUUGACGGAUGAUGUACCAUUUGAUUCCAUAAGUGCCACAAAGAAUGUCGGUUGUUACUCGCCGGUGGUUUGUCGAUUUAAGUAAUAAAACCCAAAUGAAAU